CUUCAGCAUGUGUCUAUAUCUUUCUUCUUGUCCUCCUUUGUUCAACAUUUGGCAAUAAUGGACCUCAUGUUUUUCUGUAUAUGACUGUGCUAGUGGUCUCCUGCUGCUUUCAUUUGGUUUUCUGGAGGCCAUCGCUAUUAGCUUGGAGGCCAUCGCUAGUAGAAAAAAAAAGAAAACCAAAGGAAGGAAGGUCUAAUGUAUUUUGCUCUUAGGUUGAAGGCUUGACCCUGCCGCCAGUCCCGGCCCGCAGCGAACCCGUUCCUCAAGGCCCCGCAGCGAACCGCGGCUGCGACCCGACCGGCGGCGAGUCCCGACCGGUGCUGUGUGGGCCCGGCUGCUGUGGUCUCCGCGUGAGCAAUGGGUGGCUUCCCGUCAAGGCCAAUGGAAGAGGAGAAGGAAGAGGCAGAGGAGGUCGAGGAAGAGCAGGAGGAAGAGUUCGACGAAGCGCAGGACUAUGAGAUUCAACAAAUGAUGCAGAUGGAGCCUGAAGACCAAGAGCCAGUCUUGGUGAGAGUCAGGAUGGUGAAUGGGGACGUGCACAGCUGCGAGGCUUUGCCCUUUGACACGAUCCGCCGACUCAAGGCGCAGCUGGCCACUCGCACCGGGGUCCCGGCGCACCAGCAGCGUCUCUUGUUGGGGACUGAACUCCUCAAGGACCAACUGAUGCUGCGAGAUCUGCACUUCGACGAGGGACGGCAGCUACCGGAGUUGACGUUGGUCUUGGGGCCUCCCAUCCCCUCCUGGGCCUUCGAACUCGGCUUCGACGGCGACUUCCCCGGAUGCUUAAGGGACUAUUUUGCAAAGCAUUCUGAGGAGCAGCCGCCAUGGUUAGACCACGACGUUGAGAUCUGGGAGCGGUUUCGGAUGUACGAAGAAGAGAACAUGUGUCGAAGCUACGCGCUGCGUGGAUGGAAUCAUUUCGUGCAGCUCGUAACCAGGGACGGGGAGAUUCGGGGGAUCGUCCGAGCUGCCCCGAACCAAGAGAUCGAGCUGGAAGCGAGAGGUUGGAUCCAGAACUGCACAGGUGACAACACGGCCACGCAUCAGUUGCUAUUGGCAGUGGACACCUGGGUGGUGGGGGAACUUUACAGCGGAGUGCCCAGCUUCAAGGAUCCUUUCGCCACACCCAUUCGCUUCACAGCGCCCAAGGCGGACGGUGUCUAUAUGCUUUGGAGAAGCGGUGAUCUUCAAGACACCAUGGUCGACGCCAAGAGGUUUUUCGAACUUAGACACACCCGAGCAGAUCCAGAGCUAUAUCCCACGAAUUUCGUUGGCUGGCUCAUUGUGAAAAGCCCUCCAGUGGAUGAGACGUAACAUGAGCUCAUCCGGAGGAUCCUUGGGUUGCUGUCACAGCAACCCUUGUUGACUUCUGUUGCCAAGCAAUGAAGUGGACAGAUUCUUUUUGUGUGUUUGGCGGGCGUUUGCCGUGCGCGCUCUCUUUAGUUGGUAUCAGAAUUUGGCGUUGAGCUUGAGUUCACAGCAAGCCAAAAUCAGACCAUUUGCGAAAAA